AGCCUCUUGCCCAAGACUACACAGUGUUCGAUUACAUAGCACAGGGCCCGUUACCCACAUCUCCAUCCACAAAGCGUCUGUGUCAGGGAGAGAGAGAUGUACAUGCAGAACUUCCUUAGUGUGGUGGGCAGCACAUCUAUAUCAUAGAUGUGUGUGCAUCCACGGGGUUAGGGAUGUAUCCACUGAAAUGGCCCAAGGGUAUAGUAGCUGCUCAGUAAACAAGAAGCAAAUGGAAGGUUCAGUGAUGGCCGGAGCAGCUGCAGCUUCGAUGGGACUGUUUAUACUGCCAGAUCUGCUGAGACUCAUCCUCCCUUCCUUCUCUUCUUCUUCCUCCGGAGGCAGACAGGUGAUCCCACUGCUCCCUGGCCUGACAGUCUGAAGCAAUGCGCAUGUCUUCCAGAGACACGGACCUGCAUCCUGGACACCAUCACUUUGGCUCCUGUAGCCCCUUGAGUCAGCUGUGGCCUGGUCCGGAGCGUCAGUCAGUCAAGGGCCUUUACUACCGCAGGGCCCGGAAGGUGGGCACUCAGGACGCCUCUCCAGAGGCCAACCUGAAGGAGAUCCUGGUGAACGUGGGUGGCCAGCGGUACCUACUGCCCUGGAGCACCCUGGAUGCCUUCCCGCUGAGCCGCCUGAGCAGGCUCCGGCUGUGCCGCAGCUACGAGGAGAUCACGCAGCUCUGUGAUGACUACGAUGAGAAGAGCCAGGAGUUCUUCUUUGACAGGAACCCCAGCGCCUUCGGGGUGAUCGUGAGCUUCCUGGCCGCGGGAAAGCUGGUGCUUCUGAGGGAGAUGUGCGCUCUGUCCUUCCGGGAGGAGCUGAGCUACUGGGGCAUCGAGGAAGCCAACCUGGAGCGUUGCUGCCUGCGCAAGCUACUCAAGAAGCUGGAGGAGGCGGCCGAGCUGCGCCGGCAGGAGGCUGCCCAGCGCCAGCAGCAGCGCCAGGCCUGCCACUCCGAGGUGCGCGCUUCGCGAUGGGCCCGCAGCAUGAACCGGCUGCGGGAGAUGGUGGAGGACCCACAGUCAGGGCUGCCCGGGAAGGUCUUCGCCUGCCUCUCCGUUCUCUUCGUGGCUACCACGGCUGUCAGCCUGUGUGUGAGCACCAUGCCCGACUUCAGGGCUGAGGAGGACAAGGGAGAAUGCACGACAAAGUGCUACUACAUCUUCGUGGUGGAGACCAUCUGCGUGGCCUGGUUCUCCCUGGAGUUUUGCUUGCGCUUUGUCCAGGCCCCGAACAAAUGUCAGUUCUUCCGCGGGCCCCUGAAUGUCAUCGAUAUUCUAGCCAUCUCUCCAUACUACGUGUCGCUCGCGGUGUCUGAUGAGUCCCCGGAGGCGGGCGAGAGGCCGAGCGGCAGCUCCUACCUGGAGAAAGUGGGGCUGGUGCUGCGGGUUCUGCGGGCGCUGCGCAUCCUCUACGUGAUGCGCCUGGCCCGCCACUCGCUGGGACUGCAGACGCUGGGCCUCACUGUGCGCCGCUGCGCCCGAGAGUUUGGCCUCCUGCUGCUCUUCCUGGGUGUGGCGGUUACCCUCUUCUCUCCUUUGGUCUAUGUGGCUGAGAAUGAGUCCGGAAGGGUCCUGGAGUUCACUAGCAUCCCCGCGUCCUAUUGGUGGGCCAUCAUCUCCAUGACCACGGUGGGCUAUGGGGACAUGGUCCCUCGGAGCGUGCCGGGACAGAUGGUGGCUCUGAGCAGCAUCCUUAGCGGGAUCCUCAUCAUGGCUUUCCCAGCCACAUCCAUCUUCCACACCUUCUCUCACUCCUACCUGGAGCUGAAGCGGGAGCAGGAGCAGGUCCAGGCUCGCCUCCGGCGUCUUCAGAACACCAAUUCGGCCAGCGAACGGGAGCUCCUGAGUGACGUAGAUGACCUGGUCCCGGAGGGCCUGACCUCCCCAGUCCACUACCUCCCACCACCUUAGGAAUGUGCCAUAGCUUCAAUCCAUCCCAAGGCUGAGACCGACUCCUGCAUCUCUCCCAUGGACCACAUGGGGGCGUGAGCUCAGAAUACUAACUUCCAAAGCAGGGAAAGUGCCAGGCCACGAACGACAUCUUUGUUGUGAUCCUGGGCCCACCCCUAUUCCUUCCCCAGCUCCCUACCAGUCACGGGGCACGGCCCAUCUUGCCACAGUGGAUGGGUGUCCCUGUUCUUUUCCCUUCCUUGCAAACUCCAUGCCCUUCUACCCUGGGCUCUGGAUGCUCACAGAACUGACUUCCGCUGAUGCAAAUACGGGGUCUGCAGAUUUCCAUCUUCUCCCUCAGACGCCCUGUCCUGGGCCACACCACUCCUGAGAAUCAGAGAGUUCUGGCACUGAGACCUGCUCAGAGCCCCACGCGGCCUGUGAGGCUUCCAGGACGAUUUUGUGUUCUUUUAUUGCCUUCCACCACCAACUGUAUUACCAAAUGUCACGGGAGCUAGUACCCACUGUCCUAGAAGCUCUUAGCAAGAAGGCAGUCCUUCCUGGCCACUCCAGAAAAUCCUGUCAGACUCUAAUGGCUGCAAGCCUGCUGUCACCUACAACACGCCUGGGGACCUACCUGGGCAGGACGGUCACCUGCAAGUACCCAGUUGGCCAGCUGGACUCUGGGUGGACAUUCUUUAGUUAUCCAGCUUCUAGCCUUGACAAAGGGACUCUGAGAACUGUAUAAUGUCCCCUUCAGAGGACAAUAGCACCAGGAAGGAACCUCAGUCAGUUAACCAUGGCUGACAGCUCAGCAGGACAGCCUUAAGCCUUCCUGGUUCUAGCUCCCCGCACGGAACCCGCACUGAUGGAGGACAGGCAUCCGUGCUGUCCUCUCUGUGUGUCCACACAUCCAUGAGCUCAUCUGUCCACAGACUCAGCCCUGGGAUCCACAGAGGGGGCAGAUCGCCAUGGCCGGUGCCCCAAAGUUUCCCAAGACAAUGCGGGCUAAUGCUGGAGGGUCGCUUGUGGGGCUGGGGUGGGUGGGUGGGCAGAGCAGUAGGGCAGGCUAGGAUCGGGAGCUGGUGGAC